ACUUGAAAAUGCCUCGAAAUUGAAAUGCUAACGUUCUUUUUUUUCAUUUGCAGCACCAGUCCGAGCACACUGAAGGAUGUUACAAUGGAGCAUACAUAUGGUGUGGGCUUUCCAUGUGUCAGCUUGCAGGGACAUGGCACGACAUCGCCACCUGUACAAGGACGUUCAGUGCGCGAAUUCGAGGAGCAAAUGGCAUCGCUACGUAAGGAGAAUUUUAAUCUAAAGUUACGUUUAUAUUUUCUGGAGGAAAGUGUGCCAGGUUAUCAUCACCCGAACACAGAGGGACAGGAGUCGUUAAUGAAGCAGCUAAUUGAUACGAAGGUUGAAAUUGAAAUUUUGCGUAAGGAGCUUGAAGAGAAACAGGAUUUAUUGAAGGAAGCCGCGCAGGCCAUGAAUCACAUGGAACAGAUACAAAAAGAGACUGAGGCUAAGGGUCAAGCAUUUAUAGAUGAACUAAAGCAGAAGAUACAAUUUUUGGAGAUGGAACGCGAUUUGGAUAAAACUCAUCACAGCGGUUUUAUGAAUGAUUUGCUUGGCCGUUCAGAUAUCUCGGAAAAUGUGAAUGCUUUACAAAAAAUACGCGAACUCGAGGGCAUGGUGACACAGUCCGAGGAGAAAAUGCAUUCGUUACAAUCACAAGUCACGAAAUUAGAAGAAAUCAUAGCAAAACGUGAUGAGACAAUCAAGGAGUAUGAGGAAAAAGUAAAAGAGUUGGCCUUUCAAAAUGCUGAGCUGCUGGAAAUGAUGGAGAAAGAAAAAGAUAUGGCAAAUGUAGAGCGCGAACUAAAGGAGAAAAAGGUCGAACUGGCUAAUAAGCUUUGUGAACUGGACGAUACUCAGCAAGAGUUGAAGAAGUUGCGCAAAAGCUAUGAUACCGCCUGUCGCACAUUACAACAACUACUGCAACGCGAGAAAAAUCAGCAGGAUGGUGCCGGCAAUCGCGCCUUAAGUGACUCAGAGGCUUUACAAAAUCACGUACAAAAAUGCGAUCAUGAGAAUACGAUUAAGAGUCUGGAAGCCGAAGUAAAGAAGAAGACUGCUGCUUUACAGAAUCUGGUCAAUAAUGAGCUUUGGCAAAAGAAUCGUGAAAUCGAACGCCUCACCAAAUUAGUCAACGCAAACGCUACAUCUCCCCUUUCGCCGACAACAGCACGCAAAAAUUUAGAGUCUCUCCAACUACACCAAUCCUUCACUGAGAGUGACUACACAAAAGCAUUGGAGCAUAAUAAACUGCUGCAACGCAAAGUGGACGUGCUGAAUCAGCGUCUCGUCAACGAACGCACCCAUGAGGCUUUGAUCGAACAGCUGCGCCAAGAGGCGCGCACAGCACGCGCCGAAGCUGACAAUGCCGAGACAUGCCGACACGCAUAUGCCAAAGUCUUUGCCGCUCUAUCGGAUCGUCUCUACGAGUUAGCAGGAUUCCUUAACUCCCUAAUGAAAAACAAGGAGGUGUUGAGCUUCCUGUCGACCGAACGUCGCCGCGCCAUGCGUACCGCUGUAGACUGCAGCCUCGAUUUGUCUACGAGCAUACGCGAGACGUUGACCACAGGCGAUCAAAGCUUCGAAGGUUUAAGCAAUUUAUCACGGCUGCUGCUGGACGAAGAGGAGGGCGCUUUGGCCAAUAAGACAUUUAAUUCGCACGAACAUAUGCGUGCCCGCCACUCGUUCGAUGUGUUGCGCUCGGAGAAUAAGGCUUUGCGCAAGAUACUCGACAGCCGGCGCAGUUGUGGCGGCGCAGAUUAUGCAAAAGAUUCCAAGGAUCGCCGCUCGUUGCCGCCAUUCUUGCUGGAUAAUUUGAGUGAAUCUGAAGCGUGGUCGGAACCGGAUAGGCAAGUGUCGAUGGCGCGCAUCGGACUGGAGGAGCUUGUGGCAGCAGGCACUGGCGCGGCCGCGAAGGAUUCGGCCACCAAACCAGCGCCACCAACGGCCGACACAGAUAGCGAGAGCGAAAGUGAUGCGUUACAGCAGAGUCGCGCAAUGAAGUUGCGCAAUCAGGAGCGCAUAGCACAGCUCGAGAAGCUCAUUGCACAGCGCGAUGACCGCAUUCUGAUGAUACAAUUCCAAUUAGUGGAAGCAGACAAUAACUUGAAGAAAGAAACACUGCGCGCCAUAGCGCUGACGCAAGAGGUGGAGCAGCUGCAGCAGCGCAAUGAAGAACUCUUAUCAGAUCUAAUUGCUAUUGGCAGCGAGCAAUCAAGAGACAAUACCACUGCGUCCGAGAGCGCCCUGCUCAACAGGUCAUUGAUGCAACGGCAAAUCGAGGAAAAAUGUCACGCCAUCGAACAGUUGCAAGGGGAGCGCGAUCGCCUCGCGGUGGAGGCGCGGCUGGCCGAAGUGCAAGUGGGCGCGCUGAAGGCUGAUAUCGAAGACAUCAAACAGAAGUACGAGAUACAGCUGAAAUUAGCCAGCGAAAAAGAGCGCCAGCACUUGGAUACACUUAAAAACGAAUUGGAGCAGCUAAUGCAAAAGCGCUUGAAGGAGCAGGAGCGCGUGCACUCGGAGGCACUGACCCGCGAAUGGAUUGCGCGCACGACAUACGACGAGUGCAGAGCGCAGUUAACCGAGCUGCAAACGCAGUACAUAGAGGCCCAACGCACUAUCGACUAUCUGACAGACAGCGAGCAGGAUCUCAAGCAAUCGUUGAUAAACAGCGAAAUGGAGGUGCGUGGACUGAAGAAGCAGUUGGACGAAAGCGUGCUGCAAGCAUCCAAAGUGGUUACGGAACGCACAAAACUAUGUAAUGAGAAAUUGCAGUUAGAGAAACGUUUGCUGGAGUUACAGCAUCAGUUGAGCGCCGCCGAAAUGCAACAUGCGGCCACAACACAACGCGUCACAGAACUUGAACGCUUGCAACAAACAUUAAGCGAGCAAUUGGCGCAAGCGCAAGCAGCGGCAGUUAAGCGCCUGGAUGCCAACGAUAUGUCACAAGUGGGCGGCUAUGCUUCGGACGAUGUGCAAAAGUCGAGUGCGAAGCGCGAUAGCAAUUCCUCGCCUGAUUUGGGUAUACACAGUGAUACAGGCCGCGUUUCCAGCGUGGAAUUGUCGAACGUACAACGCUCGCUACUCAAAACUGUGCCAAUGCCAGAAGACGGUGAGCUGGCGUCCAAUGAAGAAUCUAAAUACAGCUUGGUGGAUAAGAGUAACAUGGCUGGCAAGUGCGCGCAACAUAGCUCAUCUUCCGACUUGGGCAUUGACAGUGAUCCGGGACGCAAGUUGUCCCGUGCGGAUGUUAAAAAGGAAUCUCCAACCCGCACAGAUACCGACGACAGCAACACGGAAAAUAAGAUGAGUGUGGCCAAUGUAAAUAGCCGUCCCUCCGCCACUGCCGCUGCCUCCACAACUGCCGGCGGCACAGUGCCAAUUCACGACUGCAUCAAGGUAGAACAAGAAAAUACCGAAUUACGACGCAAGCUCGUACAAACGAAGCGCGCAUUCGAGGAGACUUACAAAAAGUUGCACUAUUCAAAUAAGCGCAAAGAGAGCUUUGAGAAAGAGGUCAAAGAGCAAAUACUAAAAACGAAAAACACACUCAAAUAUGCGCGCUUCCAUAUGGCUCAAGUGCAGCAACCUAACGCACAACAUCCCCAUCAUCAUCAUCAUCAGGAGGAGCAAGUGCAAUCAUCAUCAAUGCACCAGGCACCUCAGCAACCACAACAAACACAUGAGCAACAACAACAACAACGUAAUAUAACAAGUGCUGGUGUUAGCACAUCUAAAUCAAGUAGUGAUGCACUUCAUUAAAAGACUAAAUCAAAGGAAGCACAAAAGCGAGAAAAAUCAGCGCGCACAAAAUCGGCGAGCACUUGCACGACGAACGCACAAAUGUUCAUUCGUUGCUAACAUGCACAAGGCUAAAUAUAUUAAUUUUUGAAGAAAAGCGCUAGUUAUAAUUAAUUAACUAAUUACUUAGCUUAGAUUAAAGUCAUAUUUUAGAACCUAAGCACUUUUUACAUAAAGACAUUUAUUUGUAAUCAUUUUAUUCACUUGCUAUAUAUCUAUAUUUGUAUGUUUGUAUUUGCGUUAUGAGAACUUGUUGAAUGUAGUACAACCACGUUGUUCAAGCAUAAUUUGCUUAUCUAACUUUAAGUGAUGCAACUGUUUAUUUUCAUUCAUAUAAAUAUGCUGCAUAUGUAAAUUAACUGAAUAUCCUCACGAAAUCAGAUGCUAAUUAUAGCGGCUCAUUAGUCUAGUAAACCCAUAAGGUUUUCAUUACUUUUUUCAUUUACAAUUAGUUUUAAAUUACAGAUAUUAUACUAACUUUAUGAAAUACUUUUUAUGCAUGCUCUAUCAAACAUACAUAUUCAUAUGCCAAGACUAAAAAAAAACAAAAAAAUUACCAACACGCAUGCCAGUGCCAUUUUCGCCCAACACAUUCAUAUACAUAUUUUACUAAAAAGGCCAUAAUUUGUUAACAGUUAAUUAAAAAAAUAUAGAAACCCAAGUACUAUGGUCAGGGGUCAAAGGCUUGCAACAAAAAAACUAACCUCAUGUCUAAGGCCAGUUUUUUGUUUGUUACUUUCGAUGUAGUUUUUACUUGAAAUAUGAACAUAAUAUUGACAACUUGUAAUAAAUAGUCAUUUAAACUAUAAGUUAAGUUUGUUUACGGUCUCUUCUAGAAGACUUAAAUACAAAAUAUAAGUAAUGUUAUGCCACAAAAUGAGUUGAAGCAGAUUUUCAUUUUGUUCACUUUUUCGUUUUUAUUUAAUUUAACUUUUUUGCUUGACGUCCGCACAAAU